AUGCUCUACACAAUGACAUGUUGGCUCCCGGUCCUGGUCCUCCACCUGGUCCUCCUGAGCCCCCCGCGGGCGGCAGCCUGCCCUGCCCGCUGCGAGUGCGCCCCGCAGAUCAAGUCGGUGGUGUGUCACCGUAAGCGGCUCACCUCCAUCCCCGAGGGCAUCCCCACCGAGACCAAGAUCCUGGAGCUCAACAAGAACCGCAUCCGCUGCCUGAACCCAGGGGACCUCUCCCCGUACCCGCUGCUGGAGGAGCUGGAUUUCAGCGAGAACAUCAUCUCCAAUGUGGAGCCGGGCGCCUUCAGCAACCUCUUCAACCUGCAGACCUUGCGGCUGCGGGGGAACCAGCUCAAGCUCAUCCCCCCGGGGGUCUUCACCAAGCUGACCAACCUCACCCUCCUAGACAUCAGCGAGAACAAACUCGUCAUCCUGCUGGACUACAUGUUCCAGGACCUGCGAAACUUGAAGAGUUUGGAGGUGGGCGAUAACGACUUGGUGUACAUCUCCCAACGGGCCUUCUCGGGGCUGCUCGGCCUGGAGCAGCUGACCAUCGAGAAGUGCAACCUGACCUCCAUCUCGGCCGAGUCGCUCUCCUACCUCCAGAACCUGGAGGUGCUGCGGCUCCGGCACCUCAGCAUCUCCGCGCUGGAGGACCAAAACUUCAAGAAGCUCUACAACCUCCUGCAGCUGGAGAUCGACAACUGGCCGCUGCUGGAAGACGUCUCCCCCACCAGCUUCCAGGGCCUGAACCUCACCUCGCUCUCCAUCACCUACACCAACAUCACAGCCGUGCCCGCCGCUCCCGCCGCUGCCUUGAGGAACCUGGUGUACCUCCGGUACCUGAACCUGUCCUACAACCCCAUUAGCACUGUGCUGAAGGGCUCCUUUAAAGACCUCAUCCGGCUCCAGGAGCUCCACAUCGUGGGCGCUCUCUUGGUGUCCGUGGAGCCGCAGGCUUUCUCCGGCCUGAGACAAAUCCGGCUGCUCAACCUCUCCAGCAACUUUCUCUCCACGCUGGAGGAGAGCACCUUCCAUUCCGUCAACACGCUGGAGACGCUGCGGGUGGACAGGAACCCCCUGGCCUGCGACUGCCGCCUCCUCUGGAUCCUGCAGCGACGGAAGACGCUCAACUUCGACGGGCAGCAGCCCAUGUGCUCCUCACCGCCCGAAAUCCAGGGCAACGCCCUGCGUGACUUCCCGGACUCCGUGCUCUUCGAGUACUUCACCUGCCAGAAGCCCAAGAUAAGGGAUCGGAAGCUGCAGCAUGUGACGGCCCGGGAAGGGCAGUCCGUGUCCUUUCUCUGCCGGGCGGAUGGGGAGCCGGACCCCUCCAUCGCCUGGGUGUCCCCCCAGCACCGCAUGAUCACCACCCGCAGCACGGGGCGGGCGACGGUGCUGCCCGGGGGCACGCUGGAGAUCCGCUUCGCCCAGGUGCAGGACAGCGGCACCUACAUCUGCAUCGCCAGCAACGCGGGAGGCAACGACACCUACUUCGCCACCCUGACGGUCAAGGGGCGGCCAGCCCACGGCUCCCACUACGCGAACCGAACUUUGUACCUCAGCGAGUUCAACGACACCUCCCACAACGACACGCAAGUCUUCUUGAAGUUUACGUUGGACCUCAAGACCAUCCUGGUCUCCACGGCCAUGGGUUGCAUCACCUUCCUGGGCGUGGUGCUCUUCUGCUUCCUCCUCCUCUUCGUCUGGAGCCGGGGUCGGGGGCAGCACAAGAACAACUUCUCAGUGGAGUACUCCUUCCGCAAGGUGGACGGUCCCACCACCACCACCGGCCAAGGAGGAGCCAGGAAGUUCAACAUGAAGAUGAUCUGA